CGCGCCCCUGCGCCGUCGGAGCCGGCGUGGCGACAGGAUGAUCGCCGCCUCCGCGGCCGGGAAGGGGCCGGAGGGCAGGUACCCGCUGCACCGCCUGGUCUGGCACAACCGCGCCCGCGAGCUGGACCGGGAGCUCAGCACCCAGCAGGUGGACAUUGAGCAGCUGGACCCGCGGGGCCGCACACCCCUGCACCUCGCCACCACGCUGGGCCACCUGGACUGCGCCAGGGUCCUGCUCCAACAUGGAGCCGACGUGGGCAAGGAGAACCGCAGUGGCUGGACAGUGCUCCAAGAGGCGGUGAGCACCCGCGACCUGGAGCUGGUGCAGCUGGUCCUGCGGUACCGCGACUAUCUGCGAGCCAUCAAGCGCCUGGCUGGGAUCCCCAUCCUGCUGGAGAAGCUGCGCAAGGCCCAGGAUUUCUACGUGGAGAUGAAAUGGGAAUUCACCAGCUGGGUGCCCUUGGUCUCCAAGAUCUGCCCCAGUGACACCUACAAGGUGUGGAAGAGCGGCCAGAACCUGCGUGUGGACACGACACUGCUUGGCUUCGACCACAUGACCUGGCAGCGGGGAAACCGCAGCUUCGUCUUCCGGGGACAAGACACCAGCGCGGUGGUGCUGGAGAUCGACCAUGACCGGCAGGUGGUGUACUCUGAGACGCUGGCACUGGCCAGCCACGACCGCGAGGGCCUGCUGGCUACUGUGCAGCCCACCGAGGAGCAGGUGAUGGGCCGGCUCACCGCGCCCGUCGUCACCACGCAGCUGGACACCAAGAACAUCGCCUUCGAGAGGAACAAGACGGGGCUCCUGGGCUGGCGGAGCGAGAAGACGGAGGUGGUGAACGGGUACGAGGCCAAGGUUUAUGGCGCAUCCAAUGUGGAGCUGAUCACGCGGACGCGGACAGAGCACCUUUCCGACCAGCACAAGGGCAAGAGCAAAGCAGGCAGCAAGACCCCACUGCAGUCCUUCCUGGGGAUCGCCGAGCAGCACGUGGGGCCCAGCAAUGGGACGCUGAUCACGCAGACCCGGAGCCAUACCAACCCCACGGCCAUCACCCCCGAGGAGUACUUCAACCCCAGCUUCGAGCUGGGCAGCAGAGACAUAGGGCGCCCCAUGGAGCUCACCACCAAGACGCAGAAGUUCAAGGCCAAGCUAUGGCUGUGUGAGGAUCACCCACUGUCCCUGUGCGAGCAGGUGGCACCGAUCAUCGACCUCAUGGCCAUAAGCAAUGCGCUCUUCGCCAAGCUCCGGGAUUUCAUCACGCUCCGCCUGCCGCCCGGCUUCCCCGUCAAGAUAGAAAUUCCCAUCUUCCACAUCCUCAACGCCCGCAUCACCUUUGGGAACCUCAAUGGCUGUGAUGAGCCCGUCAGCUCUGUGCGCCGCAGCUCUGGCAGCGAGGCACCUUCGCCCAGCAGCGACUCCUCCAGCGUCAGCAGCUCCAGCUCCCUGGCCUCCUGCCGGGCUUGUGAGAUGGACCCAUCCCUGUUCGAGGCCCCGCCUGGGUACAGCGUGCUGGGCAGCCAGCGGGACGCCAUGUGCGAGGAGGACGACGACUUGCUGCAGUUCGCCAUCCAACAGAGCCUGCUGGAGGCGGGCACGGAGUAUGAUCAGGUGACCAUCUGGGAAGCUUUGACCAACAGCAAGCCGGGCACGCACCCCUUGUCCCAGGAGGGCCGGCGAGGAGACAGGACACCCCAGCACACACCUCCCCCUGGGCAGGCCAGCCCCCAGCAGCAGGGCGGGGGCAGCGGUGUGCCCAGGCCCCUGUUCCACAGCUACGACGAGCAGCUGCGCCUGGCCAUGGAGCUGUCGGCGCGGGAGCAGGCGGAGGCGGAACGACGCACGCGGCAGGAGGAGGAGGAGCUGCGGCGCAUCCUGCAGCUCUCGCUGACCGAGCAGUAGCCCAGCACUGCAACGGGCCCUGCAGCUGCUGCCCAGUUCGCGCUGAGCCGGGGCCCUGCACAUGGCCGGGGUGGGUGUGGCCGCCGCUAGGCAGUGGCGUUCCCUGAGCCAGCAAUGCCCACGUGAGCAGAGAGGUGCCAGUGCUGGCCCGCCGCAGAUGCCAUUGCACUGAGCCAUUUAGAGACCAUGCUAAGAACACUGCCAGGGGCGCAGGGGCUGUCCCGCCAUGAGGAGACUCUGCUGCAUCAGAGGACGUGGGGCAGGGUUUGGAGAAUAGGGAGAGGGCUCCAUGCCCAUAACCCUGUGGGGGAGGACAGGAUGGGGCUGCGAGGCAGGGGGCACCUCCAGACCCAUUACUCAUGCCCAGUCCCAGUGGGCGGGUACCCACCAGCUACAGCCAGCUGCAAAAGCUGGAAGCGCAGGGGGUGGAGAGCCCGAGGCUGUGGGUCGGC